AUCAGCUACUGACCAUGUCAGAGUUCCAGGAUGCUCACCUUGCAGAGGUGAAACCUCUGGUGGAGAAGGAGGAGGCUAUCACUCGCCUCCUUCCAGACUUCGAUGUUCAGGAGCAAGAUGUGGAGACUGUGCAUGGCUCGGUCCGUGUCACCAUGUGUGGGACUCCCCGAGGGAACCGGCCGGCUAUCCUCACCUACCAUGACAUCGGGCUGAAUCAUAAAACUUGCUUCAAUCCUCUCUUCAACUUUGAGGAUAUGCAGGAAAUCACCCAGCACUUUGCAGUCUGCCAUGUGGAUGCACCUGGUCAGCAGGAUGGAGCACCGUCUUUCCAAGCUGGGUACGUGUAUCCCUCCAUGGAUCAGCUGGCCGAAAUGCUUCCUGGAAUCCUGAAACAGUUUGGGCUGAAGUCCGUUAUAGGAAUGGGAACUGGAGCCGGUGCCUACAUCUUAACCAGAUUUGCUUUAAACCACGCAGAGAUGGUGGAGGGAUUAGUUCUCAUUAACGUAAACCCUUGCGCUGAAGGUUGGAUGGACUGGGCAGCAACUAAGAUUUCAGGUUGGACAAACGCUUUACCAGACAUGGUCAUUUCACAUCUUUUUGGAAAGGAAGAGAUUCACAGCAACCAUGACCUGAUCCAUACUUAUCGUCAGCAUAUUAUUAAUGAUAUGAAUCAAACCAACCUUCAUCUCUUUGUCAACUCUUACAACAGUCGACGAGACCUAGAGAUUGAGCGCCCUGUUCCUGGAGUAAAUGUUGUCACCCUUCAAUGCCCUGUGCUCCUGGUUGUUGGUGACAGUUCCCCGGCGGUGGAUGCCGUGGUUGAAUGCAACUCAAAGCUGGACCCAACAAGGACCACGCUUCUGAAGAUGGCUGACUGCGGUGGGCUCCCUCAAGUUUCCCAGCCUGCCAAGCUUGCAGAAGCCUUCAAAUAUUUUGUUCAGGGAAUGGGAUACAUCCCCUCUGCUAGCAUGACCAGGCUGAUGAGGUCCCGCACUGCUUCUGGCUCCAGCGUAACCUCUUUGGAAGGACAGAGGAGCCGGUCUCACACCGGGGAAGGCACAAGGAGCCGGUCUCACACCGGGGAGGGAACGAGGAGCCGAUCCCACACUGGGGACGGUGCCAGGAACCGCUCCCACACAGACACGCGCAUCGAGCUGACACCGAACUCGGCAAGCAACGCUGAACAAUCAGGCCCCAAGUCCAUGGAGGUGUCCUGUUAGAUGGCUGUGGGAGGUUUAAACUGGUAAAGUGUGAAGAAGUAGUGGAUGCCCCCUGUGUAUCACAAAACCAUAACUGGUAUUAAUCUCAAGCUAUUUUGUAGGAUGUACUCUGUUCACCAGGGUCUGACAGGGACCAAAGAAAAGAAGCAUCUCAUUUGCUCUACUGUUAUUUUUGUAACUCAGACAGUUGCUGCUAUUGUGCCCUCCUUCAAUGGAUGCCAAAUUCUAAAGGAUACUUGCCAAAAGCUGAUGUGGUUGUAAACACUUCAGAGUCAAACCAGGCUUGCUUAAUAUCCUCCUUGAAAAUCAAAUCUGUUACAUGCCCCUUUAUCUCUUAUUCUCUUGAAGUAAACUGGCACAAUUUGAGGCAAGUUUCAGAGGGGGAGGAAAAAAAAAUCACUGUUAUGGAUGGCUUUUAAAAAAAGAAAUGAAACAAAUGUGUUAUGGCCUCGUGUUGAAGCUGGAGUCGAUUUUAUUGUAUAUAGCUUGACUUCAAAUGAUAGAGAAGU